UUUUCGCUUGGUUGUGCGUCGUUUUGCUUUCGCAGGAAAUCUCAUUUCUUUUAGGUAUUCCGUGCCUCUUUCUUCUCUUUCUAUACACCUACCCCCUUGUCAGCCUGUUGUGUGCUAGGAAUCACUCAAACCCCCCUCGACCCAGAAAUCCAAUUUACUCGAUUUCGAUGUCUUUUGGGGGGAAAGGAAAGUGUACUAUCAAAUCGUGUCUGCGCGAUCGAUCACCAUUUUUUCUUCUUGCUUCUCCUAUAUAUCCAGUUGUAGCUUUCCAUCAUGAAGGCUCUUUAACGCCGAUUGGUUUUCUAGCGAGGAUAAGAAGCCAGCGCGCUUUUGAAAGCAGGAAUCAACAUUGCGCGCAUGGCAGCCUUCACGAUAAAAGGUGUAUAAAAGAAAAGGACACAAAAGUAAAAAAAAGUUCAUGUUCAGAUUUAAACCGAUUCUUCCAUUCUCUCCGCGUUUCUCAACCCUCAAUCAAAAGAGAAAAGAGCGGCAGCGCUACACCUUUAUCUCUCAUGUAA